AUGAAUAUCCAGUUCUUGCCCUUGCAUGAUUCGGACAGUGACUCGUGGCUAGAGGUUCUGGAGGGAUCUCCAGGGCCGUCUUUGCCGGCGUCCCCUACUUUCCAGUCUAUGACAAGCACUGAGAGCCCCCUUUUUGAACUUGAAGUAACUGACAGUACUUCGGAAAGUGAUGGAAUUCCGGCCUCUGAUGAGAGUUCCGAUGAAAGUGAUUCUGAAAGCGAUUCAAAUCCCAACAGCCAUCUGCAGCAAAGUCUUACUCUGUACAGCUCAGCCGAGCAGAAUUUGCCAUCCCCAAUAGACAUACGUCUGCCACAACAGGUUCCUUUCCAGUCCCUGCUGGACAAACCUCUCAAUCUUGACCAUCCCGAAAUCGGCGACAUCAUCCGCCACUUCCACGAGGUAUAUGGGAAAUAUCUGAAUCGGUCUGACGAAACAGACUAUUACCAGUCCUGGCUAUCUUGGAUGUAUUGCAUGACAUGGAAUCAGAUCUGGCUCCUGGUCUCUCGUGCUCCUGACUGCGUGGUGCAUGCAGCAAACCACCUGUUUGGGCUGCGGAACCAUCCGUUUUGGUCGGGUAUAAAUGGUUAUCAAAGAGAGUGGCAUGCAAUGCACGCAGCAUGCCGUGAUAUUCUCACUUGGUGGAAGGAUAAUAGGCUGGACGGCGAGCCGCAUCGGAAUUCUUCUACUACCGGGAGUGAUUCGGCGAGAAACACAUUUGUGUUCUCCGCUGCAACUCCCUCUGACGAGAUAGAGCUGUACUAUGGCCUGUCUAUUCCACAAGAGGAUCAGGUUACCGAGGAUUCUGCUUCACACCGGGAAAGAAUUGUCAAUGAAGAUCUAUUACCUCUGAUUGAACGCCGCAUUGCAGAGUAUGAGCAAAUGCAAAAGGGACCAAAAAACGACCCUACCGAGUCCCACGACACUGAAAGCCCAUUUUUGAGUCCCUACAGCUCGAUACAAACCCUUACAGAUACCAAGGAAGACAAACUUGCCGCCCAUUCAGAGCAAAUGGAAACCCCACGCGCACCCCCGUGGCCACCACAUCAAGUCGUCAACUACAUCAUAAGCAAGUACCAGUGUUUUGAUAGACGCUCCUAUGAGGAAGUCGAUAGCUACGAAAUUCCCUUCGAGACUUGGGUUCACUGGAACCAGCAUAUGCACAAAAACCGCGUUUAG